ACUUGAUGCAAAUUAAUGGAUAUGGUUCAUCACUUGCUUGUGCUUGUGGCUUUAUUAGCCUUGGUCACCCACGCCAGCUCCGACCUGAAGGCCGACCGAGCCGAAUGCUCGAAAAAGCUCGUCGGAGUGGCGAUGUGCCUUCCCUUUGUCCGAGGUGAGGCAAAAUCUCCAACGCAGGAUUGUUGCACGGGGUAUAAACAGGUGACAGCCAAAAGUAUCAAGUGUCUUUGUGUUCUGAUCAAGGACCGAGAUGAUCCUGAACUUGGUUUGAGGAUAAACGUCACCAUUGCAAUUACUCUUCCUGCUAGUUGUGAUGCUCCUACUAAUCUCUCCAGUUGCACCGGUAUUCUGAAGCUUUCUCCAGACUCAAAAUAUGCUAAAGAAUUUCAGCAAUUUGAGAACAUGCUCGAAGAAAAAGUUAAAGUGAAUUCUACAGAAACAGGAGCAAGGGAUGCAGCUGGUGCCAAUGGUGGAAGGAAACAAAGGGCCAUGAGAAUAGAAAUGUUUCCUCUUAUAAUACUUGUGUUGAUCCUAGUCAUGUAAAAUCGGUUUCUUUUCUUUCUCCUACCUUCUGUUAUUUAUACUAUCGUCAGUGUGAUUAGUUGGCCUUCCAUUGUGUUUAUGAUGCUUUUUUGUAUUUAAGCUUGUGGUGUACCUCAUAAAAGAUAGUAGUUAGUUGCCUCAAGAAAUAAUAAUGAUUGUUUUGUUUCUUGAUAAGUUGCUGUUGUUGUUCUGGAA